GAUGGCGUCUCCCAGCGACGAAGCGUUGAGGGUUACACACGUGGAGAAAAAGAAGCCUCCAGCUCGUUACUGGGACGGUCCGAAAGAUGGAAACAAAGUGGGGAAAGACGGAGAGCAGAAGGAGCAACAGACACAGAGAGCAACGAAACGAAAACAAAGUGAAGACCAAGCAGGUGGAAAAGACAUCAUAUCAGGGGUGAGAGAAUGGAAGCGCCUGUCAUUAAGAGAGAAACCAGACCCUUUCCCUGGAGCUGCUCCUAUUCCAGAAGACAGGUUGCAGAAGUUCAAGAGGAAAGAAAAAACUAAGAAGCCUCGCCGCCGGAAUUACAAGCUGAAGGACAUGAUCGCUCGCUCAGAAGAAACUUCAGAAAUGGCCCAGAAACAAGCGGCUCGUCUUGACCUCCUACUCCCAGAGGAUGCUGGGUUUCUAGAAGGAGAUGAAGACGAGGACACUUGUACCAUCUCACAGGAGGACAUUGCAGAUUCUGUUGAUAUAUCAUCUGGGACAAAGUAUUUUAAUCUGAAACUGUCUCAGUUUGGACCAUAUCGAGCGGAUUACAGCAAGACUGGACGUCAGCUGCUGCUUGGUGGGAGGAGAGGCCAUGUUGCUUGUAUCGACUGGCAGUCCAAACAGCUGAUGUGUGAGAUAAACGUGAUGGAGACUGUCAAUGAUGUAAAGUGGCUCCACAGUGAGGCCAUGUAUGCGGUGGCUCAGAAGAAGUGGCUGCACAUCUACGACUCCCAUGGAAUCGAGCUUCACUGCAUCCGCAAAUUCAACGACGUCCUCCGUAUGCAGUUUCUCCCCUACCACUUCCUGCUCGCAACGGCGAGUGCUACCGGUUUCCUGCAGUACCUGGACGUGUCCGUGGGGAAGGAGGUGGCAGCCAUCUGCACCAAGGGGGGCCGGCUUGACGUGAUGUGCCAGAACCCUCACAACGCCAUCAUCCACCUUGGCCACUCCAACGGCACGGUGACUCUCUGGUCGCCCAAUCAGAAAGAAGCCCUCGUCAAGAUGCUGUGUCACCAGGGCGGCGUGCGCUCUGUCGCUGUGGACAAGACGGGCACAUACAUGGUGACAUCUGGUAUGGAUAAAAAGCUGAAAGUGUACGACGUUCGAGCCUUCAAGGUCCUCAAGUCCUACUUCCUCCCCGCCGGAGCAUCCUGCUUGUCGCUGAGCCAGAGGGGGCUGCUGUCUGCGGCCACGGGGGACGUUGUUCAGGUGUACAGAGACGUGUGGAGCACCCCAGUGACUAAACCCUACAUGGCUCACCGAGUUCAGAGAACGGUGUGGGGGAUGCACUUCUGUCCUUUUGAGGACGUCCUCGGGGUGGGACACGGAGACGGUUUCACCAGCAUGCUCAUACCAGGGGCAGGAGAACCCAACUUCGACGGUCUGGAUGCAAAUCCGUACCGCAGCACAAAGCAGAGACAGGAGUGGGAGGUUAAAGCGCUGCUGGAGAAGAUCCAGCCGGAGCUCAUCAGCCUCGACCCCACCGAGCUGGGGAGGGUCGACCGCGCCACCUUUGAUAUGAAGCACCAAGACAGGGUCCAAGCUCUGGGCUUUGAUCCACUUGCCAAAGAGAAAUUUAUUCCCAGGUAUAAGAAAAAAGGUCGUAGUUCGGCCGGCAAUGUUGAAAGGCGCAAGAGAAAAGUGGCCCAUGAGGAUCUGAGGGAGGAUAUCCAGAAAACUGCCGAGGACAAAAUGGAGAUUGAAAAAGAGAGAAAGCAGAGGGAGGAGAAGAAGGCAGUGUUAUCGAGCCAGAAAUCUGCUCUGGACAGAUUCAAGAAAUAGAAGAGGACCCUUUGUGUAGCCCAAAACCGUGACAUUCUGUGGGCGUGACCCUUGAACUUCAUAUAAAGGAGACAUUCCUCCACUGGGGGAACAAAAAAAUAAAAAAAUUUGCAGAUAUUCUGAAUGUUGCGUGCUAAUGAAGACUCAUUGUAAUGGGUGGCAGAUCAUCUGUAAUCAAUGUUGAGUGCAUUGAAAGAGCAAUUCUGUCGAAUGCCUGUAGCCUGAAUCACUUCCUGUCUACAUGGGUGGAUAAUGUGAGGUGCCCUGGCUCGUGUGGGCGUCAUCCACAAUUUGUGUGAAGUUGUUUCCUUUUAACCGAUAAAACGCAUUUUUCACAAAUUUUCGAACUUGUCAAAUGGAGCGCUUCUGUGGCCGGACUGACUUGAGCGUGUGUCAAAUGUUUUCUAUACAUAUGUUCUAUUAAUAAUAAACAAAGCCUCUGAA